UUUCUGAGCCAACAUGUUCAACUUCAACCUGAGGACCAGCAAGAGCGGAAAAGCCUACAGUCCCGGGGUCCUGAUUGCCAACUGGAACGAGGACGUCUAUCUCGAAGAGGAUCUUAUGAAAGAUUUUAUAUAUAGAAGAGAAAGGGGAGAGCUUUUAAUCCAGAGAUCGAACAAACUGAAAGAAAGGCUUUACAAAAAGGAGCAGCUUUCCAUUUCCAAAGAUGGAUUCCUUCACUUUGGAGACAUGGUUAUGCUGGUGAGCCCCGAGAACAACAAGUCACCUAUGGAGAACCUACCUUGCGAAAGUGGAAACCUCUCCCUGGCAGUUACUCCGGACGACAUGGCUGUCCAUGCGCUGGAUGCGCUGCCGUCUCCCUGUGGCGUGAGCGCCAUCAGAUGCACCGACCCAAUAGGUCGGAACGCGUUUCAGAUUUUAAGCACCGAGGGAGCGUCCAUGGGAGACCCUGUUCGAUUUGGGCAGAAUUUUGGCCUGGGAGCUACAGGAGGAUUUCGUGAUCGAAUGCUGUUUCUAGCGAGCGACCACAAAACGUUUUGGAACAGGGCGAAGAAAUCCCUCCUUCAAGCUGUGUUCCUGACUGAUGAACUUUCCUACCUGGCUUCUUGGCAAGCGACUUACCUGGAUCCGCAGUUGCGCCUCGAGUAUGAAGGGUUCCCGGUGCCUGCAAACACUAAGAUUCUCAUUACUCACUGCCAUACAAAUCAAGCAUUAGCAAUUCCGAGGAACUUCUGGUUAAGGACCUACUUUGGAAAGGAAUACGAAGUCGUCUGCCGCACCUUCCUGGAUUCCCACAAAGCCGAAGAAGAUAAGAAUUACUGGAUCAUGGUUACUGGAAACCCCAGCAACGAAGCAACCACCAUGUUCAAUAGACCUCCUCCCCCUUCAGAGGCCACUCGAGAGGAAAGCAGGGAAGUCCAAACAGAGACUUAA